CCAGACCUGGUGGAGCGCCUCAUCUCUGUAGACAUCAGUCCCACCUCAACCGCACCCGUCUCCGAGUUUUCUGCCUACAUCUCUGCUAUGAAGUCAGUGAAGAUCCCGGAUGGUCUGCCCCGCUCUGCAGCCCGCCAGCUGGCUGACGAUCAGCUGCGUCCAGUGGUCCAGCACCCGCAGCUGAGGCAGUUCCUGCUCACCAACCUGGUGGAGGUGGAGGGCCGCUACGUCUGGCGGGUGAACCUGGAUGCUAUUUCCCACCACUUGGUAGACAUCAUGAACUUCCCUGUUUUCCACAAGCCGUAUCCUGGCCCUGCACUCUUCUUGGGAGGAUCUGACUCGCCCUAUAUCAGUUCCCAAGACUACCCAGAGAUACAGCGCCUCUUCCCCAAGGCUGAUGUCCAGUACGUUGCAGGGGCAGGCCACAUAGUCCAUCAGGAUAAAUUUGGGGAAUUCAUCACUGCUGUCCUCAACUUCCUGCCACCACCAUAG